GUCGCGCAAGACUCCGAGUUGCUAGUCGGUUGCGGAGCGAUGGUGUUCGAGGGGACCGUGGUCUGGAUGUGAAGCUGUGCGGAGACUGGGACACGCCAACCGUCUGCCUGUGAAUAUGAGCAAGGAAGAGCCGCCGCGUCGAGCCGCUUCCUUUAAAUUCACCAUCGACAGCAUUCUCAAUCUGAAGUCGAGCGGACGCGCGUUUGACAGCUGUCACUCGAAGGCGACGCGCGCUCCAGUCCGCGGAGACGCGCUUCCUCUUCAGCGCGAGGACACUCUUAAUGAUCGCGCACGUGCAGAAGUAACCUCCGGAUGCGAGGAUGAACCUUUCCAGAGCGCCGCUGGCGGAAGCGCAGAGUCGCACGGAAGCGUGGCGCGCGAGAGCUGCACCGAGAAGAGCACGCGGACGGCGGCGAAAAAGAAAACGCGCACCAUCUUUUCCAAGCGGCAGAUCUUCCAGCUGGAGUCCACUUUCGACGCCAAGCGCUAUUUGAGCAGCGCGGAGCGCGCGUGCCUGGCCAGCUCUCUGCAGCUCACCGAGACUCAGGUGAAAAUCUGGUUCCAAAACCGGCGGAAUAAAUUAAAAAGGCAGCUGCUGUCGAGUGAAAUGGACUCACCGAGCGCCGAGUUCAGCGACAGCGCAAAGACAGCGGCGUUUCCGCUUUUCUAUAAAGAAAGCGCUUUAUUGGGAAGAUAUUUAUUACCGACACCUCUGCCGCUCGUGUAUCCCGGAAGCAGCGCGCCUUAUUUGUGUUUCUCAAACGCCAACAAAUACUUCGGGCUUUUCGAAGGAGAUGUCUGACUUUCUUAAACCCACUUUUGAAAAGUCACUAUAGGCUAUAUUUUUUUUUUUGCGCUAGGAAAAAUGAGUGUAACACCUCGCUUUUUUUCUAGCCUAAACCUACAAGUAUUCAUUUGUAUCUUGACUGGUUUUUACUGUUGUUGUUUUUGAUUAUUUUAAUUUAGGUUUUUUUUUUUUUUUGUUUUGUUUUGUUUUGUUUUUUUUGGCUUUGUUUUUGUUUUUUGCAGUGAAAGUUGAGAGAUUAGAAUAUCGGCUUUCAGGGACCCGUUUAUUUCUAUGCAAAGCUGAAAAGCUGAUGUUAUUUAUUUAUAAACUUUAACUAUUUUGAUAUAGCCUGACAUAUUUUAUACUGUUAUGACAUCAUAUUGAGCAGCAGCCAUAUCCGCACCAGUGCCAAUCACAUCGACAGAACAUCAAUACAAACGUUUACACUAUUAUUAUUAUUAUUAUUAUUAUUAUUAUUAUUAUUAUUAGCCUACAACUUCGCCAAAGAUCGAUGGCUGCAUGUGUGUUUUUAUUUUUUAUAACCUCCUGCAUAUAGGCGAACAGUACCUCCCAAACGAGCUCAGUUCAACCCAUUUUAAAUGAAUGUAAAUGCUAUUAUUUUUUUUGUUAUUCGUUUACUGCAUGUUUAUUUUUAUCAUCAUAAUUUCUUACUGGUGUAACGUGGCCAAGUAGCUAACAUAUAGGCCUCUUCACACUUUUUAAAAUUAAAUUUCCUAUUUUACACUUA